CGUCAUUCCGUGCCCUGGUGUAGCCUCCCGUGCUCCAGAGGAGAAGGGAGAAGGAUCUGAGGCCGAGGCGAUCGUGGCUCUCGCGGCCGGGAUCGAGCAACGCCAACCCGGACACAUCGACCAGGAAAAUAUGGAGGCUGCGGCGGAGGAGCUGCGGGCCGGCUCCCGGAUUCCGGUUAUCAUCGAUCAAAUAGUUAACGACACGUUAGUGGUGACCCUCAGCUACCGAGAGCGAAGCUACACGGGGAUAUUACUUGAUUCCAACAAAAAGACUGGACUGUUUUGUCUGCCAGAUGUCGUAACAAAACAAGAGGAAUCUCCCACACUGACGCCCAGCUGUGACGUUCCAGACCCGGAGCCAUGUUCCAAGCCUCCCAGUCAGCCAGAGCAGAGACCAAGGGAUGAAAAUACUCUUCCUGAGAAAGGGCCUCCUUUCAGCCCUGGCCCUGUACCCACCCCGGUGCCUGCAGGGCAAGCUCCUUACCCUCCUUAUUUUGAAGGAGCCCCCUUCCCCCAGCCCCUGUGGGUGCGGCACAGCUAUGGCCAAUGGGUCCCCCAGCCCCCGCCCAGGACAAUCAAGCGGAAGAAGAGGCGGAGCCGCGAGCCCGGCAGGAUGACCAUGAGCACCAUCAGGCUCCGCCCACGGCAGGUCCUGUGCGAGAAGUGCAAGAACACCCUGAACAGCGACGAGGACAGCAAGGAGGGGCUGAGCACCAAGGCGGCCAAAAAGGAGGACGGCGACGUCAAGGAGCCCAAGAGGCGAGAUGAGACGGCCAACUACGACAUCAAGAGGUGCAAAAAGGACAAGAGGGACGAGGAGAAGUUUUCAGGGGAGAUGGUCCCCCACAGUCCGGUUAUCAAAAUCUCCUACAGCACUCCUCAGGGCAAGGGCGAGGUCAUGAAGAUCCCCUCCAGGGUGCAUGGCUCCGUCAAACCCUUCUGCCCCAAGCAGCUGGCGCAGAACGGGCUGGCGGAGCAGGACAGGGGCACGGAGGCACAGGAUGAGCGGGACCCGCUCGAUGGCUUGGGGGCUUGCUCCACAUCCAUCCCCAAACUCAAACUGUCAAGGCCACAGCAGUCCAGCUAUGAAGUCCCCUCCCCAAAGAUCCGUCUUAAGCCUCGAGGAAGUGGAGAGGACAGUAUCUCGGUGUACGAAGCGGAGCUGGUGGGCGGGGCGCGAAGGCGGAGCCCCCGGGUGCAGGGGACGGCGCUGGUGCAUUCGGAGGACUCCGCCGAGAAGAGCUCGCUGGAGCAGUCGUCCGGGAGCUCGGGAGAGGAGGCGGAGCGCCACGGCGACCUCACCCUGCUCAUCAACUUCCGCAAGCGGAAAGCCGACUCGUCCAGCCUGUCCGUGUGCAGCAGCGACAGCCUGGACGAGUCCAAGUCCUUCAGCUCCGACGGAACGUCCCCGGAGCUGUGCGACCUCGCCCCCGGCGACGACAUCUCCGUCUCCUCCUCCUCCCGGGACGAGAACAAGACGGUGCCCCCGCUGACCGUGCGCCUCCACACCCGCAGCAUGACCAAGUGCGUGACGGAGGAGGGGCACGCGGUCGCCGUGGGGGACGUGGUGUGGGGGAAGAUCCACGGCUUCCCCUGGUGGCCGGCGCGCGUGCUGAGCAUCAGCGGCCGGAAGGAGGAGCGCCAGCGGGAGAUGUCCUGGCCCGAGGCCACCGUGUCCUGGUUCGGCUCGCCCACCACCUCCCAGCUCUCCGUCUCCAAACUGUCUCCCUUCCGGGACUUUUUCCGCUCCCGGUUUAACCGGAAGAAGAAAGGGAUGUACCGCAGAGCGAUCGUCGAAGCCGCCAAGGCAGUCGGACACUUGAGCCCUGAAAUCACCGCACUCCUCUCUCAUUGCGAGACAUAGAGGCAGAAGUGGAGAGCCAUCUUCUAGAGCAGUCCCUGAACACUCAGACCUCCCUGGGAGAGAGCGCCUGCGGUUGCCAUGGGGAGGCCAAGGAAGAGGAUUUAGCGCCCUGCAGCCCCCCUCUCCUUCAUGACGUGCGGGGAGUCUGGCCCCCCAGGUGCAGCGGUGACCAGGUUAGGGAGCUCAGCCUGCAGGAGGCCCCUUCCAGGACGACUUUGAACAAUUCCUGUACUUUUUUUUUUUUUUUUUUGGAAGAACUUCCUAUAUUUUAAUAGAGUGAAUAGCGACACUACAAGGCCGAAUGUAUUUAUUACCUACAACACUUUAGUGGACCUUUUACAAUCUAAGACCUUCUCACUGCUGCUGUUCGUUUUACUGAUCAAUCCUCUGUCCCAUGAAAUCAUGUGACUGUUUGGCCUCCACCAAUGAGUGAACUGAGCCGUCGUAUGGAGCAAGUCAGGUUCGAUCCUCGUGCCAUCCUCCUUUGAAGCGCAUAAAUACAUAUAUAUAUCUAUAUAUUACUGAAGAAAAGUCUUAUUGUACGGUUUUCACUCUUCGGAUAUGAAAAUGAUGUGAAGCGGAUAUUGUUUUUUGAGAUCAUACUGUAGGUCUUAUAAUGCAGUAUUUCUCUCUGACCUGCUGCCUUGGCAGACAGUUGUAUUCCUCUAUUGGUUUCCUGUCCCCCUGCGCAAAUUUUAGGAGUAUUCAUUUCUUCUUACAUUGUCUGACUUUGUCCGAAACUGUUAGAAAUAUGUUCUUGGUUGGUGAGAGGUCGAUCGCACCUGAUCCUGCUCACUUUACUUAUUUAAUGUUUCAUGAAAAGAAAGCACUUUAUCUCUACCGUAGUGGCCUGCUGUAAACCAAUUAUGAGUUUCCGUGUCGUGACACUAACUGGAGUUACAGUACUGACAAGCAGACGACGACUUUAGAUGAAAUGCGGUUGAAUUUCAGUUUUAAGUUUGAUGAGCAAAACGUCAUCUGGAAGCCAGGGAAAAAGAUAAAAAAGGAAAAAAAAAUGAGGGUGGUUGUCUACACUGUAUCCGUGCAUUUACCCAGACUGUAUUGUAAGUUUUUUUUCCACCAUGUUCCACUGGAGAAAUUGGAGUGUCCUAUCCUAUGCAUCCCCUGUUGAUUAAAGCUUUAAACAAAUUGUCGACAGAAUACUGUGAACUCCGUUGUGGGUGUUUUCUGAGUUAAGACCAA